AUGAGGAUACAUAGCCUCACCCUGCUCUCCUUCCUCCUUCUGGCCACUCAGCUGCUCUUAGCAGAGGGGGAAAAAAAGGGAAAGAAUGGACAUCCCAGGGAAGUGGUUCCAGAGCAAAAGGACACUCUGGGCAAUGCCCAGAAUAAGCAGAGAAGCAGGACGUCCAAGCCUACGACCAAAGGCAAGUUUGUCACCAAAGACCAGGCCAACUGCAGAUGGGCUGUGACUGAGCAGGAGGAGGGCAUCACUCUCAAGGUCGAAUGCAGCCAAAUGGACCGUGAGUUCUCCUGCGUCUUUGCUGGCAAUCCAACCUCAUGCCUAAAGUUCCAGGAAAGGAGGAUCUAUUGGAAACAAGUUGCCCGGAAUCUGCGCUUACAGAAGGACAUCUGUGGACAAUCCAAGACUGUCCUGAAGACCAGGGUAUGCAGAAAGAAGUUUCCAGAAUCCGAUCUCAAGCUGGUGAGCUCCACUCUUCUUGGGAACGUGAAGCCCAGGAAGGAGAAAGCAGAGACCUCCCAUAGGGAGCAUAUCAAGGUCGAAGAGGACACCACCUCUAGACCAGUGGGGACCCAGACCGUGGCCAAGAAAGCUCCUGAGUGUGUGGAGGACCCAGACGUGGCACAGCAGAGGAAGAAUGCCCUGGAGUUCUGUGGGGAGUCCUGGAGCUCCCUCUGCAUGUUCUUCCUCAGCAUGAUACAGGACACGUCAUGCUGA